AAAAAAUAGCAAGAAAGUGAUGAUCUUACCGUGUAUGAUAACUAGCCUUACCUGUGGCCGUGUCUUACAGGAGGAUGUAACAGAUCAGCAGACGAAAUCUCGAGAGCUUUGGAUUAACGGCGAAAACAGAUGUUGCACGGGGAACAUCCCUGUCAGUUUGGAGGGAUUGAGGACCGUGAAAUAUAUCGUUUUAGAUAUAUCUUCAUUGUGUAUCGUUUUAUUAUUUCUGCUUUAUAUAUGAAAGUAUAUGAUGAAACAAGGAAUUUUUGACAAAUCGGAUUGCACUGUGUGUUAAGUUUUAAGUGUACAUGUGUUAUUUCUUCAAUUUAAACUUAAGGAUUUUAAUUACUCUUAAGCAUAAAGCUUUAAAGAUAAAGCUCAAACUUCUAAAAAAUGUUUGUGAGAUUAUUCACUGAAAAAUCAGUAGUUUUUCAAAGCAUCCGGUAGUUCUACAUGCUCUGGAAAACUUCUUAUUUUCUUUUCUAAUUAUUAAACGUAAACGUUUGAAAAGAAAAAUGUACUAGUUUUAGUAUUCGUUUUCUGGAAAUUUUGUGAGAUGAAAUUUACGUUGGUACAUAUCAACUUGUAUUAGAUACACAGACGUUAGUGUGCGUUCUAAAAGUCUAAUUUAGAUGGAUUUAAUCGUUUUAACUUCAGACGAAGUGAAAUAACAAUGUUGCUGUGUUUUAAGAUGUAAAUGUGGCAUCUCUUUUGCCAAAAUUUCUAUCUUUAUUUGCAACAAAUUCACGAUGUUUUAUAGUUUUAUUGGAAAUAAACUACAACUGCACUGGAAUUUUAUUCAACGUGAUAUUUACAAAUUGAUUUUAAAAAUAUAAAUUCUUAUCUAUGGGAUUUAUACUUGGAAUUCUUGUUUAAAGGCUACCUUGAAUGAUGUGAUGGAGAAGAGACAGAGGUCAGGAAUACCAGUGUUCAAAGCUCUAUCACUGAGGACAGGUGAUCAGGGCGAGGAUGUACGGCCACCACCCUCCCCACCCAUUGAUAUACCAGGAAGAUCUUUGGACCUUCUUUCAGAUGAAGAGCUUGAUACACAGAUGGAGGACGAAAGUAGUUUCACUGAAUCCAUCAGUGUUAAAUCAGCUGCAAACUUGUUUGGAGGUCAAGCUAUCAUAAGACGCAUUCCUACACCAAGCAGUAAGCGUCGUGAUCCAAAACGUCUUCCACCUCCUGUGCCAGCGAAAAAGAACGGUAAAACUGUAAGGAAAGAGCAAGACCUUGGAGAUUUGUCAGAUAUAUAUCCGACUCAAAAUGCUCGUACAAACAGAAUUAAUUCUAAUGAUAAUGUUUUACAAGUGCACAAGGUCAGUGACUUGAGUGAGACAAAUAUAGAUGAUAUACUUGAUAAACCACUGGAAAGCUUAUCAGAGAUUAACGGAAUUAGUGAAACAUACGAUAAUGUUGAUAAUGAUGAAACCAUACCGAGCUAUGAUCAGUUUAUUGGUAAUGCUAUAGGAGAGAACUUGAUGGAAGAAGGGGAGGGUAUAAAUGACAACGUGACGGAGGAAGUUAAAAGUUGUGUCCGGAAUAUUGCAAGAGUGCUUCCAAAUUCAACUCGAACUAUUAGAAAAGAGUAUACGACAAUGGAUUAUACAGUCCUAGGAACAAUUUCUCCUCUUAAUGAUAGAAACGGUAAAAAUGAUAACUCUAAAGAGGAAAUGUCACUUGUCCUAGGACGGCCAAUGUCCCCGAUUGCUAACGACAGCGGAUUAAAAAGGUGCUUGUCACCUAGUGAAACUGCCAGGCCAUUGUCACCUACAAGUGAAACUUUGCCCUCAAAAAGAGUGGCUGGAAACAGAGUUCGAGGAAUACCAGUUUUAUCUCCAAAUAGUAGAGAGCAAAAACUGAGGGAGAUAACAAACCAUGUUAGUAUAAUGUGCGAAGGUUGCAAUAAUUGUUUGUUGGAUUUAAAACGUCAAGCUCUGAGACUGAUCUAUCCUGACAGUACACAUGGACAGCCAAUAGCAAUGCCUGUUGACUCUAUAGAAAGUUUCAAAGACAAAUUACAAGUACCAGAGAAUGGAUAUAGAUUUUCACGUGCAGGAAGCUGUGAAGUAUGUGAUACGCACGUGACCCAGUUAAAACAAGAAGCUGUUAGUAUGGUACAGAGUAUUCAACAGGCCCAGUGUGAGUCGUCAACAACAACUAAUAUACCAAAUUUGAUAGGAUCUGUAAAUCUUCCACCACAAUCGCCCAGAAAAAUUGGUGCAACCAAUGGUCCACAUAUCAGGUACCGUGGCUCUAAGAUUCCCGGUUCAGGUAAUUUCCUGUCAAAGUCAGCACCUAUAGCAGCUCAAGCUCAAGCCUAUCUAGAACAAAAUGUCCGGUCACGCGGCACACAGAAAAGACAGUUUCUGUUAAGAUCUGGGUCCCAAGACAGACCAGGAAUUUACAAGGGGGCAGAAAUGUAUCCCCAGGGUGGUACUGAUGGCCCUGGUAUGGGUCAGUAUGGCCGCCCUGUAAACUAUCCAAUGUCAGGCUCGCACUUUAUCAACACCCCGUAUAUGCAACAACCGCUUUCUAUGCAAGUAUAUCACCAACAACAACAGCAGCAGCAGCAACAACAACAACAAUCCCAGCAGUUUUAUCAUCAGCAGCAAUUUCAUCAUCAACAACAACAACAAAAUGUUCAACCACAACAGCAGUCGCAGCAACAGUUUUACCAACAACAACAACAUCAUCAGUCUGCGAUACAGUAUCAACAACAACAGCAUAAUCAGCCGCCUAUACAAUACCAGCCUCACCCAUACCAUUACCUCCAGCAUUCUCACUCUGCCCCAGGGUCUCCUGCAAGGGUACUCUCGCCUCCGCCAAGGAUACAGUCUCCACCUCCAAGAAUGAUGAGGAUUUCCUCGCCGCCACCAUCAUCUCCAUCAUUGUCAAGAUUAUCAGCGAUGUCGCCACCGCCAAGUGCCUCUUCCUCGCCAGCUGCCUCAUUCUUUGCCAGGGCUGCGCAGAAGUUAAGCAAAAAGAAGAAACGCCAUCACCAGCCUGAACCAGAGCUUCCGUCCUUCCCGACCCGGUUCUCGGAGAUCCUCCGCCUUUCUCCGCCACCAUGUCCGCCUUGUCUACUCAGAAAUUUUGCACGAGGGCAACCUCCUGGCAUGGGCAAGGUGAAGGUAAUGUUAAGGGUAGUUUCAACCAAUCACCAUGGAGAUCAGGCAGCUUCAGUUCUAAAUAUAGAUACACGUAAUAAACAGGUGACAGUCUAUGACCCGGCAGGAAGUGGCUAUGCUACCAGUCUGGCUCACAGAAAGGCGGCCAUGGCACCAAAAAUGUUUGCCUUUGAUGGUGUAUUUUCACCGGACGAUUGCUUGACGGAGGUAUGCUCCAGAAGUUUACCGGAAAUCAUUCAGGGUGUGGUAGCAGGUGCUGAUGGCUGUGUUUUUACUUACGGCUAUUCUAAACUGGGUAAGACAUAUACAAUGGUUGGUGAGGACUCGACCAGCCAGACACUGGGUGUUAUACCAUGUGCUAUUUCAUGGUUGUUCAAGGUGAUAAAUGAACAGAAGGACCAAACUGGUGCCAGGUUCUCAGUUCGAGUUUCAGCUGUGGAGGUCUCUGGCAAACAGGAAGUUCUCAAGGAUUUGCUAGCCGAUGUUGCUCAGGGAACGGAGACUGGAGUUGGGACGGCUCCCGGUGUGUAUCUGAGAGAGGACCCAAUAUCUGGUACUCAGCUUGAGAACCAGUCAGAGCUUCGGGCACCAACUGCUGAAAAAGCUGCCUUUUAUCUUGAUGCUGCUCUAAAUUCUAGAACUAAAACAGAGGAAGAGAGCCGAUCAUCACACUUGUUGUUUACGCUACAUGUAUACCAGUAUCGUGUAGAGAAAGAAAACAGAGCUGGUCUUCCUGGGGUUGCUGGUGGUAGAAGUCGCCUUCAUUUCAUAGACCUUGGAAGUGCCUCGAAGUCCAAAGACCCAAAUAACGUAGCUCUAAGUCUUUCGGCAUUAGGGAAUGUGAUAAUGGCUCUCCUCAAUGGUCAAAGACAUGUACCUCAUAGGGACAGUAAGGUAGCCCAGUUACUACGAGAUUCGCUCGGGAAUAUAACGUGCCGCACGUGUAUGAUAGCACAUGUAUCACAGGAGAUACCCCAUUAUAAUGAAUCAUUACAAGUGAUACAGUUGGCUGCACGUAUACACAGGAUGAGACGUAGAAAAGUCAGAGGGCAAUUUUCUGGAACAAGUUCAGAUGACAGCUCUACUGAUGGAAGUAGUAUCCGGAGUCGACCCUAUCGGGGUUUUCGUAUGGGAACCCUCCAUGAGGGCUCCUCCUUAUCUGACCCGGAUUACACCUCGAGCAGCGAGUCGUGUAACACUGUCAUUUAUAUGGGAAAUACAUCUCAUCAGUCGCUAAGUGAUAGAGAACUAACUGAUGGUGAAGGUCAUCAAAGGUCAGUUCCAAGGACAAACCCUCGUCUGCCGAGAAGGGCAAGUGGGUCAAGGUCAUCAGGAGAUGAGGGUUCAAAUUCUGAUAGUGGGAGGAGUUUGUAUAGGUCACGAGAAAGUUUAUCAAGAUUACAUGGUGCAAUAACAUCUCCUGUAAGAGAUGUGAGUGUAACAGGGUCAAGGCAUGGGACCCCUGUCAGGUCCUUAUCAAGGGGAACAACUCCAGUGCGAGACAUUCAAACUUCUGAUAUGAACUCUUCAGUGUCUUGUUCACCGCCUAGUGUGCACUUUAAUCUACCUCAAAAAAUGAGUUCCCGGUCAAAAACUUUAGCUGGUAAACAGGACGGGAGCAAUCCUCAGUGUUAUGCCAGUACAAACAUUGUAGAUAAAGGGCCAAGGACUACUUCAAGAUCAAAACGAUCUAGUGCGUCACCAGGGAAAAAAGGUGAUGAACAAUGGAUAGAUGGUCCAGGGGCGGCUUUAUACCCAGAGAAGAAGCAGAAUACAGGGGAACAGUGGGUAGAUGGACCAUCAGCUUUCUUGGUGAAACAAGAACAAAAACAUAAUAAACCAAAUACAAAAAUGAGUUCAGAAGAAAUGUGGGUGGACGGACCACCAGAAAUGUUAGCAGAAAAUCAAAUGGACGAAAAUCAGAAUCGCACACCAAAGGUAGUUAUGCAUACAAGUAGUAAGAAAGCACAUGUAAGAACUCUUUCCUCUCCUACAAGACAUCAGUCACCAAUGAAUUCCCCUGCAUUACUUCAAAAAUCUGAAGGAAUGUCACCCAACCAGUCUUGGCAAAUGCAAGAUGGUAGAGACAGGCCUGAAAGUCAAAUAAGUGAGGACAGUACAAUGUCAAAUAAAGCACAACCUAGUGAUUCUCGGCCUAAUAGCAUGCUUACAAAUAUUGGUGAUGAUGAAGAUUUAGCCCCACUUGAAAAUAUCGAAGUUAAACCAUUUGUGAAAGACUGGGUACAAAAACAUGGAAUGUCUGAAAAUGAUAAUAGCUUGGGUAGUAUGAUUGAAACUGGGGAAAACAUGAUUGGAACUUUAGAUUCUGUACAAAACUCAUUUAGACGACCAAAACCACAUGAUUCUAGGACUAGAAAAUUAAUGCCAUCAUCGUCUACACCUAAACAAUCGCCUCACCACUCUCCUAAGAAUUCUCCUUCAAUACAUAGGAAGGUGAAAGCCAACAAACCUAACUUCCCAGCACCUCCUAAUACCAGUAGAAGAGUUACUGAUUGGCUUAAAUCUGUUGAAAAUAACCAACCAGAGGAGACAAUAUAUAUGGAAGGAAUUGUGGGAAGAAAUGUUGUUAGGGAGACUGUAAUUAAUGGUGAUCAUGAAACGGAAUAUUUAGCUGCUUCUUUGGAUGCUUCUCGUGAAAUAUCUUCGUGUAGUUCUGUCUAUCCAAACACGACACUUAAUGAUUCACGGACACCUGAUUGUACCGAUGCUGAUCUAUCUAUGAGCAAGUUCAGUGAAUCUCCUAAUGAAUGUAACAUUGCUGAUAUGAGUUUUGACAGUUCGGUAGAUACAGCGAAUUCCUUACAAAAUCGUGAUUCAAUUUAUGAACUACAAAUGGACGAACAGCUUGAGAAAGGUCUUGAGAAUAAUUCACGAAAAGGUGACGAUGAUGAUGAUGAUUCAUUUAGUAAUGCAUCUUGUGCCAAACUUUCAGAUAUGGAUACUGCUGAAGCAUUUGCAGAGGGUAUUGACAAUAUUGGUGACAUGAAAAAAUCAGAAACAAUUCAGAGUAUAAAAACAUUGGUAGGUGAUUCUAGCGUGGAUUGUAUGAGACAGGAGAACAUUGAACAGUUAAAUGGUGUGUGCAAUAAGGACCUUAAACCUAAAGAAAAUCUACAAUUUGAUUAUGAACCUAUUGUUCAUCUUCUUUCGCGUAAACCGGAUGGAGCGUCUAAUCCUAAUUUAAUGUGUGAAAGCUUUUCUGAAAAGACUAAUGUUAGUGCAUUAAGAGAGGAAUAUUUAAUAGUGAAUGCAAUAUCUAGUCAGUCCAUGGACAUGACGAAGAGAUCUCAGACCAUGUCCAGUAAAUCUUACAGAGAAUGCGAGGGUGACGGAAUGAUUGAUGAAGAUGUCCAUGUCCCGGCACCGUUGCCACUUAAACCAUGCUUUAAAUGCGGAUAUUCACAAGAAGUUUCUAAACCUAUAGCUAAAAUGUGUAAAGACUGUCAAAAAAUGGUUGCCUUGUCUAUAAAGAACUCGCAUAGUAGUGUAACACGGAAAGAUAAAGAUAAAUCAAAAUAUAAUGUUCAUCCUUCAUCAAGUAGUGGUAGUCCUACGUCGAAGAGCUCAAAGUCUAAAGCUCAGUCACCCAGUCAUAGUAAAUUACCAGUGUUUUCAAAAAACUUGCAAGUGUCCUCAAAAGAUUCAAAAUCAAGUCGUAAAAAAGAGAAAGAGUCUAAAAAAUCUAGUUUACUUUCUAGGAAAUCUUCUAGAAGCCAUGACUCAGAUAGUGGCAAUGAUAGUGGAAUUGUUGCUAUCGAAAAGACUCUCUUAUCUCCGUAUGCUACGGUGACCAAACCACGAACGGUUAGUCACUCGAGUAGCGGACACGGCAGUGAUAACAGCAGCACAAUGAGUGCCGACUUGAUUUCAAAACAGGGUAGCAGUCUGUCGGAUAAAAUUCAUGGUGGAACGAGCAGCGGGUACGAGAGUAUGCUGCGGGAAAGUGAGGGCUCAGGCUCUUCCACGAUAAAUGAAGACAGCGCUGAAGAAUCUUCUGGGGACAAAAAAAAAGGAAGCAAGAAAAAACGGCUACCCAGUACAAGACGCAGUAGAUCUGCUCCAUCCCGCAACUCCGAGAGUCCGGAGUCAUCAAGUAGAAAGUCGAGCCCAUCAAGUAAGAACUCGAGCUUAAGUCCAACCUCAAGGGCAUGGCAGGAGAAACAUGGACGACUGAAGGAAGAGGGACCACUAGAACUAAAAGAGUAUGAUGCAGACGAUGUCAAGCGUAUGACACGACACAGGACAGAUGAAGAGACUUUACGAAAAAAUCAUGACAAAAUUAAAGAAAUUUUGAAUAAUGGAAAACAGUCGCAGGAGAUUCCAAAUACAAAGGACACGUAUAUCGUAGACCGAAAUAAUUGGAGUUUUGAUUCUUCCGAAAAUGAUGAAAUCUCCGGACAUUGUUGUUACGUGUCUUCGUAUGGGUACCACCGUGUAUAGCGGAGAAAAAAUUAAUAUGUUUAUGUGUUAAUAUUCUUAUGUAGAAUGUGUUUUCUAUGUGACAAAAUAAUAACUUGAUUGAAAAAACAAAAACGCAAAUAAAUGUUACAUUGUUUUUGAUACAAAAUUGAGGCUGUUACUCUAAGCUCUUUGCAAUAAUUAUUUUUAUGUAGAAACUAAACGAUUGAACAACUUUCUUCAUAGAUUUCUUUCUUUCAUGAAAGCUGGAAAGUUUAUAAAACAUUAAUUUUACACAUCUAAAUCAUAAGAAUAAAGGGGAACAACUCCAACUUGCAUGUAAUAAUUGUUAAUUGAUUGUUUCCCUUGUACAAAACACAAUACUGAUAGUCAGUCUAUCUCUUUAUUCUUCAUGAAUUUACAUGUUAAUGUGAGAGUGUAAUAUCUUGUAAAUUUUAUGUAAAAAAUUAAACGUUUUUACAUUUUGUACAUCAUUUCUAUGGAAACUGUUUGUGUAAAUUACUUAGUGAAGAUAGUUUUUAUCAUAGUGUAUAUUGUACAUAGUCUGUUAUCAUGAUAUAUUUAGAUUCUCUGAAUUUUUAAGUCUUGGAUCUGAAAACAAUUGUAUAGUGCUAAUAAUUCUAUGUGAUUCAGUGCCACGCCCUUGACCCCCAUCAUACUUGACAGGAUUUCGCCGAUAAAAAUGAAUUGCUGAGUAGUUUCUUAUUUUGUUAUUCUGUAAUAACCAAUUUCAUCAAGGACUAAUCUUAGAGUUCUUUUAUUUGAAUUAUUGUUUACACUUUUAAUUUUCCCCCAUUAAAAAGUUUUGUAUUAACCAUUACCACACUAUGAUUAUUUCUUAAGGAAUUUCAAAAUAUGUACUGAAUGAAGUCAGCAGUGCAGACCGGCAGAUCUGGUCCUAAGUAGAUUUAGUUGCCGCCAGCUGGCUAAAGGUUAAACAUUAAAGCACAGUAAUUAAUUACUUUUUUAUGCCGGGUGAAGAGAAUCAUUCUGUUGAUGAGAAAUAUAUUUAGUUUAGCAUAAAAAAUGAAAAACACCAAGACAUUUUUACUUACAGUUUGACAUAGUCAAUUUUUGACUUACGACAGAUUUUAUUGGUACGUUAUCUUUUGGAAAAUUCACUGUUAAGUUUAUUAUUAAAACAAACUUUUUUGAGAAAAGUCUUUCAAUACAAAUCAAGACUUUUAAUAAACAUUGAAAAAUAAUUAAAAAAGGGAUAGUUAAAUUUUUUGCAUUGUUUUAAAUUGAAACAGGCAUGAAGUUGGAUAAAAUGGAGCAGAUAUUAUGCUUUACAAAUGACAGUCCCCAGAUUAUAUAAGCCUAUGAAUUAAGACCUAUGAACAAUUUUGUCACCGAGGCCUGCAUAUAUAGUACCAUGGAUAUAUAAUAUAGAGAUCAUGUAUUUAUUGUUGUGUGCCCAUGUAGGCACCAUUUUGUAUGAUUAUUAUUUGCAAUAAAUUGUUUAUAAAAAAAUUGUA